AGAAAAAAAUCCUUAAUAUGCUUGACACAUUGAGUUUGGGCCUUUUAAUAUGCAAGUGGCCUUAUAAUAGGUGAAAGAAAUUAUUGAAUGCAUACGACAGUUACAUGUUGACUAUUAAUCAUGAUGGAACCCAUAUAAAACCCAUCAUAAUUAAAGGCUAGAAUACAACCCUUGUAAAUAUAACAUUGCCUGAGUAGUUCUAAUUUGGUAACUAUACCUAUGUAGUGUUGAUUAGGAUAAGGGAUAGAUGGUUAUGGUGGAAGUUUUCAAUAAUUUGCUUAGGUGGAAAGGAUUGGUGAUCAUUUAUGGUGUAGUUUUAGGUAGCAAGACUGAUAGAGAAAGCAGGAAUUGUGUCUCAAACUUUAGUGGACGAGAAUGUACAACAAUUAUGGGCAUGGUGUUGGCUCCAGUCUACCCAAUACCCACUGCCCACAUCUAUGCUUACAGUGACCAGAGAUGGCAAAAGAUAACAAACCCUCUUAAUGGCAUAACUACUUUCCACCAAGUAUUUCCUCUUCUGCCUUAGCUUAUAAUUCUCUAUCAAACUAGCAACUCUUUUGGUGCAUCGUUGGAGCUGUGGAGCAAAAAGCAGCUAAAAAGAAUGAAGUAUAGGUUUCUUUCCCCUGUACAUGACAAGGCUCCUAUGGGAAAGAGAAUUCUUGAUAAAGGAAAUUUCAAUGGUCUUAAGCACAAUAAAUGUGUUAUUUUUCCUUCUAAAGUGAGCAUGGCUGCUGAAGCUCUAGAGAGAAGAAAUCAGAAUUGGAUUGUUCACACAAAAGUUGCAAAUGAUUUGAUCAUACAAGUUGGGGAUUCUACUUUUCACUUGCAUAAGCUUCCCAUGGUAUCAAGAAGUGGAUAUUUGAAUAGAUUAGUAUUCCAAAGAAUAAGCAUUGGAGAGAAGAAUACAGUGUCUAAGAUCCAAAUAGAAAAUUUUCCUGGCGGAGCUGAAAUCUUUGAGUUGGUGGUGAAAUUCUGCUAUGGAUGGAAAGUUGAUCUGACAGCAGCCAACAUUGCUCCAGCAUAUUGUGCUGCACAUUUCUUAGAAAUGAGUGAUGAUCUUGAACAAGGAAAUCUUAUUUCCAAGGCAGAGACUUUCCUAAGUUUUAUACUCUUAACAUCAUGGAAAGACAUAUUUCAAAUUCUUAAAAGCUGUGAGGCAAUUUCUUCAUGGGCCAAGGAGUUACAAGUCUUGAAACGAUGCUCUGAAGCUAUUGCUUGGAAGGCGUCCAUGGACCCAAAGAAAUUUACUGCUUAUGAUGAUGAUUCAUUGUGCUUUAAUGCUCAAUCAAACAAUGCAAGAAACUCACAACAUAGUUGUGUAGCUGAGAAUUGGUGGUUUGAUGAUGUUUCAUUUCUUCGACUAGAUCAUUUUCUUGAAGUCAUUGAAUCUAUUAAAACAAAAGGAGUAAGGCCAGAGCUUGUUGGAUCAUGCAUAGCUCACUGGACAGAAAAAUGGCUUUCUCAAAUUCCUUUUGGACAACACAAUCGGCCAACAAACCAGUUACUGAAAGUUACUGCAGAAAGUUUAAUUAAGGUACUUCCAGAAGAGAAAAACUCAGUUUCCUGCAAUUUUUUGCUUCACCUUCUGAAGUUAGGAAGGAUGAUGAGAAUCAAGUUUGAACUACUAAAUAAGCUGGAACAAAGGAUAGCUCACAUGUUGGAGCAGUGUUCUGCUUCAGAUCUCUUAGUGAGGAAUCAUGGCAGUACUGAUAGUGUCUACGAUGUGAGAAUCAUCAGAAGGGUGGUCAGGUCAUAUGUUUCUUCAAUGUUACUUUAUCCAACACAAAGAAUAUACAUUGUUGGCAAGUUGGUGGAUGGAUAUCUUGCAAUGAUUGCCAGGGAUGAGAAGCUUUCUAUCAAACAGUUCCAAUUGCUUACAGAAGCAUUACCAAAAGAUGCCCGAUAUUGUGAUGACAAUCUCUAUAGAGCCAUGGACAUGUAUCUCAAGGCUCAUCCUAGUCUGACAGAAGAAGGAAGAACAAGUAUAUGCAAAGCCAUGGAUUAUCAUAAACUAUCACAAGAAGCUCGCCAGCACGCAAUGAAGAAUGAAAGAUUGCCCUUGUAUAUAUCAAUGAGACUUGUCCUUCUUGAACAAGUAAAUAUGACGAAAUCAAUGACAACUACUGGAUCAAAUUAUCGAAGAACGAAAACUCAAACUAUUAUCAGAAUAAGUAAGGGUUUAGAUGAGGAAUGCAUGACACCAUUGAAAGAAAUAAGUAUGAUGAAACAAGAGGUUGAGAACAUGAAGAUGCAGCUAAAUGCAUUGCAGAAGUGUAAAAUGCAGCUUCAGAGACAAGUACUCAAAGGAUGCAUUGUCUAGAAAGAGAUGCUGUUCUGUCAGAGCACUGUGUUAGCAUCUGUUUAUGUUGCUUUCUCUGAAUAGAAAAUCCCAGGUAUAACAACUGCAUGCAGAACAUUGUAGAUUGGGGAAGAAAAUAUAGCAAAUAAGCUAGACAGGUUCUGUAUCUGUGUAAUUUUUCUUUAGAGAAACAAAAAAGUUAUCUUGUAUAGUUUAUCUAAUAUCUUUAAAUCCUUUAUCCAAUCUGUACUUCGUUUCUUUUACAAAAACGCAGCGUUGGAAGUUUGGUGCUUGUGUUUGUCUUGAAGCUCUUACUAGUGUUUGGCCACUGGGAACCCAUGACCUCUCCAGAAGUGGCUGUUGGUGAUCUCGUUUGGUAGUCGGGAGUGGCAGUUGAUGAACAGAUCUCAAUAGCUAGAUUAGAGUUCUGAAUGUUUUCUUGGGCUUCAGCCCUAUUUUAUGUUAAGGUUACUAUGAGCUUCCUUUUCCCCUUCUCUCCA